AUGAGCAACACACGAGAUAACCUCCUUGUCAUCCCUCUGAACAACAAAGUGCUGUUACCAUCGGUCCUCUUACGCCUUGAAUUAUCUGGACGCCAAGCUGAAUAUCUUGUGGACGAGUAUUCUUCAAGUCAACAACAUGACGCUGAAGCCAACAAGAGCACUACACUACCAAUUGUUGCAUGCAUCCCUUACAAGCCAACAGCAAAUAAUAACAACGACGACAAGCAAUCAUGGAUGGAUGUUCCUCAUCAUGUAUUGUGUGGGUAUGGGUGCACGGGCCGCAUUACGCGUAUAGUACAGCAACAAGAUGAUCCUGCAUCGACGCAAAAGGAAAGUGCUAUAUGCUAUGACGUAUACGUGGAAGGCCUUGCAAGAUUCAAAGCGUUGUCAUAUGAGCAAGAUACCGAUGGCUUAAGAGUACGAGUGAGCCAUGUGAGCAACCGCUCUGAACGUGAGGCACGCGAAGCAAUGGCCAUUUUUUCAUCAACGACCGUACCAUCAUUUCUACAACGACUUGAAACAUUGCAAGUGCCACUUGCGCAACAACUACAAGAACAUGUCAGCACAUUACCGGUGCCUGUGCUAGCCGAUAUGCUUGUUUCCAUCGUUGAUACAACUUUUGAGGAACGAUUAGCUAUGCUCAUGACUGAACCUGUCAAGGAUCGUAUCUACCUUGCACAAAAAUGGCUCACUCGUGAGAUCCAAUCACUCCUUACAGACACCACUACCAGCACCACACAAGAUAACACACUCAGCAAACGACAACGUGCAUCCUAUUUGAGACAACAAUUGGAAGCCAUGCGUCGAGAAAUUGGCCCACUUGGAUCCGGUGAUACAAAUUAUGCAAAUGAUGUGGAUGAUUUGACAUUACUCAAACAGCGAUUAACCAACGCACACAUGCCAGAGGAUGCAGCCAACGUAGCUAUUCGAGAAUUCAAACGUCUUCAAAACAUGUCCACCUCCUCCGCUGAAUGGAGUGUUCUUCACAACUACUUGGAAUUGCUGGCCGAUCUACCAUGGAAUACACAAUCCAACAACGUGCUUAUUGACAUUGCUGUAGCGAAAAAGCAAUUGGAAGAUGAUCAUUUUGGGUUGGAUCAUGUCAAGAAGCGCAUUGUGGAAUAUCUUUCAGUGGCCAAAAUCAAAGGUGACCUCAAGGCUCCUAUUUUAUGUUUCGUUGGACCGCCUGGGGUGGGAAAGACGUCAUUAGGAAAAUCAAUAGCCACAGCCUUGUCACGCAAGUUCCAUCGCAUAGCUUUAGGAGGUGUACGUGACGAAGCUGAUAUGCGCGGUCAUCGAAGAGCAUACGUAUCUGCCAUGCCUGGUCUCAUUAUUCAAGGCAUUCGUCGUUGUGGAGCGAACAAUCCGGUCAUGUUGUUGGAUGAAAUUGAUAAGCUAUCCCGCUCUGCUUCACAUGGCGAUCCAGCUGCUGCUCUCUUGGAAGUAUUGGAUCCAGAGCAAAACAACACUUUUCACGACCACUACCUAAAUCUACCCUAUGACCUAUCCUCCAUCUUAUUCAUUGCCACAGCCAACAGCCUUCACACCAUCCCAAAGCCACUCUUGGAUCGUAUGGAAGUGAUUCAACUCCAUGGAUACACAUUUGAAGAGAAACUUCAUAUCGCAAGGACCCAUUUAUUACCCAAACAAAUCCAACGGCAUGGGCUAGCUGCAAAUGAGAUUGAUAUGGCUGACGACGUGAUAUUAUGGAUCGCUGAACAAUACACACGAGAAUCUGGUGUGCGUACUUUGGAGCGUACGUUGGCAUCCGUUAUCCGCGCCAAAUGUGUUGAACUUGCCGAUUUAAGAGAAAACGACCUUGGAUACCAAUACGCGCCAAGUGUGACACAAGAGGAUGUUUUGGAUAUACUUGGGGUUCCUCCAUUUGACAAGGACAUGGCUGGUCGUCAAGCAAUCCCUGGUGUUGUAACUGGGUUGGCAUAUUCUGGAAGUGGCAAUGGUGGGAUCCUUUUUGUUGAAUCGAGCAAAAUGCCGGGAAGUGGUGAUCUUCAGUUGACAGGGUCUUUGGGAGAAGUCAUCAAGGAAUCAGCCCAUAUCGCACUCACUUGGGUCAAGGCAAAUGCUUACGACUUGAAGAUUGCUACUACCACGCAUGAGAAAAUACUUGCCAAUUAUGAUAUCCACAUCCAUAUGCCUCAAGGAGCUGUAUCCAAAGAUGGCCCAAGUGCAGGCGUUACGAUGGUGUGUUCCUUGGUCUCAUUACUUACUGAUUCUGCGGUAAAAUCCACCACGGCAAUGACAGGCGAAAUCUCGCUUCGAGGGUUGGUAUUACCAGUAGGCGGGAUCAAGGAAAAGGUCAUAUCAGCUCAUCGUGCUGGGAUACGUAAAAUCAUCCUACCCGAACGUAAUCGAAAAGACGUGGUUGCUGAUGUGCCUAUUAACGUCAAGAACGAUAUCGAGUUUGUAUACGCAAAGACGAUUUGGGAUGUCAUCGAAAAUGCUCUUGAUCAAUUUGCCAACAAAAGCCUCAAACCAAUGGAAAGCCAUCUCUGA